GUUUGAACAAUAUUGUGGUGGAAAUUGACUCCUUUGUUGCAAUUCAAUCUCUUAAUAGCUUUGUUAAAAUACCAUCUAUUUUUGGUCUUCUUGUCCAAGAGUACAAAAAUCUUCUAUUUUCUUUGAAUGAUAUUAAAGUUUGUCAUGUUAAAAGAUCUACUAACAAAGUCGAAUAUUAUCUGGCUUGCAGUUUUUGUUAUUAGGCUGGUCAUAUUUUCUCUGAGAGCAAUAUACUUUCCGCUCUUCACUCUAUUGUAAUAGCCGAUUUAGCUAUUUAACGAAGUUUCUACUUUUAUUUAAAAAAAAAAAAAAAAUGAGAGCACGUGACUCCAAGUGAAAUUUCCAGCCGCACCCGGCUGAGCAGGCAGCCGAAGCCAGGUGUGGCUAUUGUAUUCGGUUUCCACGCACACCAAAAACAAAAACUCUCUCCUUUCAUUUCCCGAGAAAAUCCUAACUCUUUUUCCCGGAAAAUCCAAUUUUAAUGGACUCCACAAGAAGAAAGCAGCAGCUCCCAGCCUUACUUUCUUCCUUAAUCUCACAGCUCCUUCUUCUCCUCCUCCUCCUCUUCUCUUCCUCAACUCCUCUCUCCCUCGAUUCUUCCAAUUCUAAUCACACUUUUUCCUCUCUCAUCCAUCGUUUCCUUUCUUCCCAAGAAAUUGCCGCCGUCUUCUCCCAUUUUGCCGUUUCCCGCAAACGAAAGAGAACCCAUUUCUUAGACCUGAAUUCCGACCCUGGAGAUGAAAUUUCACCAGGCAGUGUCGGACAUAGUCCCCUUCGGAGCCCAGAUUCGUUCAGGAAUUCUUUUAAGAUGACCUCCGAGACCUUCGAGUGGCUCGCCGGUUCUCUCGAACCGUUACUCGAUUGUCGUGACCCGGUCGGUUCGCCACUCAACCUCUCCGCCGAGCUCCGUCUCGCAAUUGGUCUAUUCCGACUGGCCACCGGCUCCGAUUACCAGACAAUCUCUACUCAAUUCGGGGUUUCCGAAUGGGUCGCGAGAUUCUGCGCGAAACAAUUAUGUAGGGUUCUCUGCACUGAUUUCCGUUUCUGGGUCAACUUCCUAAACCCCAAUGAGCUAGAAUCAGUCUCUUCCGCCUUAAAUGAAAAGACUGGUUUCCCCAAUUGUUGUGGUGUCAUCGAUUGCGCGAGGUUCAAAAUCGUCAGAGGUAAUGGAAUCAAGGAACAGAAUGACAAUUCCAGCGAAGAAACAAUCGCUGCCCAAAUCCUGGUUGACUCAUCUUCAAGAAUUCUCAGCAUCGUAGCUGGAUUUCGAGGCAACAAGAGUGAUUCAAAGGUACUUAAGCUCUCAACUUUGCAUAAAGAUAUUGAAGAAGGCAAUCUCUUGAAUUCACCUCCAGUUUACCUUAAUGGGGUCGCCAUAGAACAGUUCUUGAUUGGAGAUAAAGGGUAUCCUUUACUUCCCUGGUUAAUGGUUCCUUUCGAAGAUGCCAUUCCUGGCUCGAGUGAGGAACAUUUCAACAAAUCCCACCAUAGAAUUCGAGUCUCUGCACUUCAAACCAUUGCUAGUUUGAAGAAUUGGGGUGUUUUGAGUCAACCAAUAGAGGAAGAAGCUAAGACUGCUGUUGCUUAUAUUGGUGCUUGUUCAAUUCUUCAUAAUGCUUUGUUAAUGAGAGAAGAUUAUUCAGCUUUGGUUGAUGAGUUUGAAGGUCACUCUUUCAUUGACCAAAGUUGUUCUCACUCUCAUGGUGACACUAGUUUUGUGGACACUUCGAUUGAGCUCAAAGCUUCAGUUAUUAGAAGAGCUUUGGCUACAAGAGCAAAAGAGUUUCAUGAUUCCAAGCAUCACUCCAUGGUAACUGGUUUCUUGAGUUUGGAAUCCACUUAGGAAAUUGCUAAGACAACACUACCUGGAAUUCCAUAAAGAAGCAGCUAAAUUCAACUCUGUUCCACAUUUUUUGUGAUUGGUAACUGAGUUUUUUCUUCUUCUUUUUCUUUUUUUCUUUGCCAUCUUGCUUAGAUUUUUUUAAUGCCUUAAUUUUUCACUUUAAUGCUUCUUUUUUCUCCUACUUUUUUUCAAGGGUAGCUGUAGCAUUUAUAUUAAUUUAUUUUUGGAAAUUUAUUUAGUAGACCAGGUAUUUUGGUACACA